AGAUCCGCAAAGUUGAUAACCGUUAGUGUGAUACCCGAGCGGUUCACGUUUUCUCUACCGUCUUCACAGUAUAUAUAGCUUUAUCAAAUCCAAGCCCAUCAUACAGCAAACUAUGGGCAUUGGAAUUCCCUGGUCUGAUCUUCCCAAAGAACUCACUGAGAGGAUCGGAAAACUCCUCGAAACACACAUUGACGUCCUUUGCUUUCGUGCAGUCUGCACAACAUGGCGUUCAUCACUUCCUCCUUUGGUAAACUCUCCUCUUUUACCUCUCCAAAUUCCCUUCGACGAUCUUCAGGCUUAUAAAGGAAGGACCGGUUAUCAUCUCAUCGAAAGCACCGUUUAUAUUUUUCAACCCCUUGAUCACGCUUGUAAAGGGUGGUUGAUCAAGGUUGUAAAAACAGCUGAUGGGAAAUUGAGGGUUUUGAAUCCACUAACAGGCAGACUUAUCAGGGUUUUGCCUGAUCAUAUGCCUAAGGUAUUGAAUUUACUUGACUUUCGUGUUUCUCAAGUUUGCAAAUCUUAUCAUGUCCAAUACUUCAAUCCCUCCAGACCUUCCUUCAAACAUGAUUUUGAUGUAGGCCAUGUAAGGAAAAUUUUGCUUCUCAGUGAUCAGACCAAUAGUAGUAGCUUUUCUUUAAUGGCGAUUGAUCGUGGUGGUUCGUUACGUUAUUUGAAGUCGGAGGACGAGAAGUGGACUAAGUUAAAAAAUGACAGUUCCUAUAUUGGUGAUAUUAUUGUGUAUAAGGGUAAUUUUUACGCUGUUGAUAAAUUUGGAGAGACUGUGCAAUUUGAUUCCUCGUUUAAUGAGACAACGGUAACUUCCAGAUUAUCCGAUGUUAAUAAGAAGAAACGGCUUGUGGAAUCACGUGGGCAGUUGUUUUUGGUUGAUAGUAGUUUAGAAUUUGUCAGUAAUGUGGAAAUUAAAAUGUACCGACUGGAUGAAGAACAAAAUAAGUGGAUUGAAGUGCAAACUUUGGGUGAUCAAAUUUUCUUCGCUGCUAAUGACUGUUGCUUCUCUGUUUCUUCGCGUGAUUUUGGUGAGUGUAGAGGAAACUGCAUUUACUAUGUAACUGGAGGUGUGUAUUAUGAUGAUGAAGACAGUGACGAUGAUUUUGGCUGUUGUUGUUAUUGCGAUUUUAGUGAUGAUGAUCGCCGUCCGGUUGCUGGUAAUGAUGAGUUUAGCUACCCUAUUAGCAAUGAUGAUCACAAGAUUAAUGACUCUGGUAACGGAUCAGGUGGUGAUGAUGAGAUUAGCUACCCUAUUAGUGAUGAUGAUCAUGAGAUUAAUGACGCUGGUGGCAAAUCAGGUGGUGAUAAUGAUGUGAUUAACACCAGUAUUAGCAAUGAUGAUCAGAAGAAUAAUGAUUCUAGUAGCAAAUCAGGUCCUCUUAGAGAGAAACAACCGGUAGAUAUAUAUGAAGGAGUAUUUGAUCAUAACACGGGUGUGUUUGCCAUAGAAGAUGGUAAACUUGGAUCGCUGUUAUCAUUCCUUGAUUAUGCAGAAAUUUUAUGGCCACCACCAUCUUGGCUUAAUAGGGAGGAUCAGGCUCCUUCACAUGAUCAUGAAAUUGCAGAGUCGUUAUUAUCUAUAAGUAAACAAGGAUGAGGCAGCAAGAUCGUGUCACGGGGAAGAGAUGCAGAAAUAUAUUGGCUCUCCGUUCUUUCUAAUUUAUCGUUUCGCCUUUGCUUUUGCUAUUGUUUUUUUCUUUUGUGUUAAUGAAAUGAAGAUUUUAGGAACUUCGUUUCUAAGACUCAAUGCUGCCUUUCUAUUAUUCGCAUUUUCUUUUGUUCUUUUC